AUGAAGGCUAUCAACUCCUUAACCGCGCUGGCGCUGGCGGGUUUCGCUACCGCCCAAUCCAUUGACUCUUUGGAUCCUUGUGGUCAAACAUGCUACACGAAUGCCCUGAACAUGGCUGGUUCAUUUGCUUGUGCAGCCAUGGAUAUGGCCUGCUUGUGCCCCAACGCGGAUUGGAACAAUGCCAUUCGAGACUGUGCGCAAAAUGCUUGCCCGCCGGGGUAUGCGCCGACCGUCACGAACGCGGCCUCUGCGCUAUGUGCAACGGCCACACUUCCUCCCGGAGCCCCAAUACCGACGUUGUCGGCCCCGCCGACCACUGAGCCAACCCCAUCCUCCACUGAGGCACCGACUACAUCGACGGAGUCAUCUUCUAGUUCGACGGACAAAUCCUCCACCCAAUCUAAGACUACCACAACGUCCACUAGGUCAACAACUUCUUCGACGACAACGGCUGCUACGACAACUGUAUUGACAAGCUCAUCCAAGAGCCCGACCAAGGUUGCGACUACCUCGACGUCAGCUACUAGCAGCAGCGCGGCUGCAACUUCCGCCGCGGCCAGCGGUGAAGACCAGCAGUCCGAUGGAAUGACCGAAGCUGCUAAGAUCGGCGUCGGCAUCGGUAUUGGUGCUGCCGUGAUUGCACUCCUUGCUGUGGCCGUGUGCAUUUUCCUGCGCAAGAAGCGGGAGAGACUGGCACCGACCCAAAUGGACCGCUUCAAGAUCUCGCACCCUAUUCCGAACGACGACAACGUGUACACCCGGGACAACAACUCAGACCACGGCAUUGGUCAGGGCGGGGAUCUGGAGAUGAAGAGUCGAAGGUACGAGGACAUGCUACCACGGCAAGAGCCACGGCAAAUGGUUUAG